AUGUUGAUGGACAAGGAACACUCUGCUAGAAGAGUUGCUGUGGAGACUAGCCAAGCUUACUUUAAGUUCCUGGCCCAAAAAGUUCACCAUAGAUGGAUGAAAGAUGGUGAUGCUAAUACAACAUUGUUUCAUGCUAGUAUUAGGCAAAGAAAUAACACAAAUAGGACUACUUCUAUAGCUAGUUGGGAAGGUUCUUGGUUCAAUGAUCCUAAAAAGUUGACGUCUAAAUUCAUUUAUUUUUAUGAAGAGUUACUUGGGAAUUCCUUGAGCAACAAAAUUAAAGUGAAGACUAGCAUCCUGGAGAAAGGGAAGAAGCUUAACCAGAGGCAGGGGGAUUUCCUGAUGAGAUCUUAUGUAGAAGAUAAAGUGAAGAAGGUUGUUUUCAGUAUCCUGGGUGAGAAAGCGCCAGGUCCGGAUGACUAUAGUAGUUACUUUCUUCAAGAUAAUUUGGAUAUUAUUGGCGAGGAGGAUGAUGUGCUCCUAUUUAGUAAGGGUGAGUUUAUCCCCAUUUACAAGAUGUUGCAAGGAAUGCCGAUUAAAUCAAAAAAGAUAUCAGCUCAGGAUUUUCAAAAUUUGGUUGAAAAGAUGACAGGUAAAAUAAGAUCUUGGAGCACUAGAGCUUUGUCGUUUGCUGGGAGAGAUAUUCUGGUUAAUUUUGUGUUGAUGACUUUCCAUGCUUAUUGGAGUCAGAUUACUGUUUUACGAAAGCAUGUGUUCAAGGACAUUAAUUCCAUAUGUAGAGCUUACUUGUGGACUGCCAUUGGGAAGCAUGUUUGGAAUGUUUCCAGGAAAAAGGAGUAUAUGUGGAUAAAAUGUAUUAACCAAGUGUAUCUAAAAGAUGGUGACUGGUGGGAUUAUGGUAUUCCAUCCUAA